UGCAGGCAUGUUCACAACGCUGCUGCAGUCGGGGCAUCAAUUUUGUAUAGGAAAUGACUGUUGAGGCAGCGCAGCAAUGGCUGCGAAGCACUUAGGCGGUGCCCGCCUCCCUCCCUCUCCCCACGGGCUGAGGGGAGGAGGGUUCCUCUGCUUCUUUGCCAUGGGGCGCAGAGAGUGCUGGCAGCAGAAACAUGUCUGCCUCCGACUCGAGCGCCACAGGACUCAUCUGUAACAAGGGUUCAGCCGAUUCCUACACUAGUCGACCCUCUGAUUCCGACCUGUCCCUGGAGGAGGACAAGGAGGCGUCUCGGCGUGAAGCCGAGCGCCAGGCUCAGCUGCAGCUGGAAAGAGCCAAGUCCAAACCUGUAGCAUUUGCAGUGAAAACCAAUGUGACCUACUGUGGGGCUAUUGAUGAAGAUUGUCCAGUCCAAGGUGCAGCUAUAAACUUUGAAACCAAAGACUUUCUGCACAUAAAAGAGAAGUACAACAAUGACUGGUGGAUCGGUCGGCUGGUGAAGGAAGGCGCUGACAUCACUUUCAUCCCAAGUCCAGUAAAACUGGAGGCUAUGAGGAUAAAACAGGAGCAGAAGGCAGCAGCAAGGAAAGGAGGGAAUGCAUCAUCUGGAGGCUGGAGGUCCACGCCUCCGUCUGCAGCCAAACAGAAGCAGAAACAGACUGAACACGUUCCUCCAUAUGACGUGGUUCCUUCCAUGAGGCCUGUGGUUCUGGUGGGUCCUUCACUGAAAGGAUACGAGGUAACAGACAUGAUGCAGAAAGCCUUGUUUGACUUCCUGAAGCACAGAUUUGAUGGCAGGAUCACUAUCACACGGGUGACUGCUGAUCUGUCGCUGGCUAAGCGGUCUGUGCUGAACAAGAAGGCCAUCAUGGAGAAAGCCAACACUCGCUCCAGCCUGGCUGAGGUCCAGAGUGAAAUAGAGAGAAUCUUUGAGCUGGCCAAGUCUCUUCAACUGGUUGUCCUGGAUGCAGAUACUAUCAACCACCCAGCACAGCUCCUCAAAACCUCCCUGGCCCCCAUCAUCGUCUAUGUCAAAGUCUCCUCACCCAAAGUUCUUCAAAGGUUGAUUAAAUCUCGUGGGAAGUCACAAAGCAAACACCUCAAUGUCCAGAUGAUGGCUGGGGACAAGCUGGCACAGUGUCCUCCCGAGAUGUUUGACGUGAUCCUUGAUGAGAAUCAGCUGGAGGAUGCAUGUGACCACCUUGCAGAGUACCUAGAAAUUUACUGGCGUGCCACACAUCUCCCUUGUUCUGCUCCAGUGAACCCCUUAGUAGAUCAAAGUUUAAUCACCCCACCCUCAGCUAACUCCAGCCAACAGUUUUCUGAAACUCAAGAGCUAAUAGAGUGAUCAUCACCAUACAUGUUGGAGCAGUGUGUCCUGUCAGCUGGAGUCAGAGGAGAUGAGUCUCAUAGGACAGGGACUGGGGUGCCUCCAGGGGGCAGCAGCACCCCUCAUCUCUCCACAUCCAGCCACCAACUUCUCCAGCCACACCUGCAGCAAACAAGGAGAGCAGGGGAAAGGUUUCUGAGAAGAAAAGGCAUAAGGCUGGUGAGCUGGAGGAGAAAAAGACGCAAACAGAGAGAGGAGCAGGAAGAGGCAGUGCCUGCAGAGGAGCGCCCGCCUCACUGCUGCCCCCUCUGCCACAGCUCCCUUCCUCCCAUCAUCAUGCAACAACUCAGGGCAGCUUCCUGCGGCUGCACACACACUGCACACCACCAGUGCAGCACUGCAGUCACCCUUCACCACCCUAACCCUUCCUCUUUCCCUCUGUGCCACCCACAUCACCCUGAUCUAAAGCCUAAGCACAGGUUUCUACUGUCACUUCAAUUAAAACCACUCACACCCACAGUCGAGCGUCCAAAUCCUCAGAGUACACAGCUUUGUAGUUUGAGUAUGUGGAUCCGAGGUGCUGUUACAUUUCAGAGCUGUCAGUAGAACACGCAUCUUCUCAGUGCAGAAUUCCUGGGUUUUUUUGUUUGAUCCACCCCGCCUCGCAAUCAAGCUGACAGCUGACGAGAGCGAAGGAAAAUCAAUUCUGGAUGUCUUCCAUGUCUGCAGCUUUAAGUGAGCCGUUGUUCCAAAUGUUUCACAAAAUGUUUCCUGAAGGGCACGGUAACUUUGAACAAGUCAUUCUGGUGUUAAACCUUCCUUUUUUUCAUUUACUUUCUUCUUUCAUUCUUUAUUCUUUACCUGUUCACCACAACAGCUUACACUUCCAUCCACAUCAAAUAUCGUUGCCCUCACUGUAACUGAUCACAUACUUAUUAAACUCAGCAGUCAUGUAAACCUGUGUACGACAGUCAUGCACCAAGUCCAUAUGCAUCUUUAUCACAACUGUGAAUGUAAAUGAAGGCUGGUCCAGUGGAUUAGAACGGAUUGCUGGCAUCAAGUGUUUACAUAAAGUUGGAGAAAAAGUUUCUCCUAUCAAAAAAAAAAAAAAAACACAACAAAAA